ACGGUGGCGCCUACUAUUGACUGGGUCUGUUAGUGAAACAGAUUAGUUAGCUACCAACCUGGCUAGUCUAACCACAUACAAAGGCAGCAUGAUUAAAUGACGUUAGCCAAAAUACAAACGAACUGGGUUAAAAAUGCGAUGCUAUCUCCAAGCACUUACACUGUGUGUGGUGUUCGCUUUCUUUUCAGUGCUUUAUGUAUUUAACCAACUAGCGUCUUCUUUAGAGUCGCAGAGCGGAUGGGCAGACAUGGAAAAACAAAAGGGCUCCAGAAAGGGUUAUAACACGGGGUACAUUCUCAGGAAAGAGGCAGGAGUGGCAGGCCUAAAUGACAGGCAGAUACGUGACAGGUGUUAUUCAUUGUCUGUGUCUUACUGGAAUCCCUAUUGGAGACUGCCUCCUGAUGUUUGUGACGUGAACUGCUUUAUGGAUUCACCUUCUAGGGAGAAACCAAGCGCUGGCGUGAAGGCCAGCACAGAGAGAAUGCACCUGGGUGUGGUGGCCUGUGGCCCCAGACUGGAAGAGACCCUCACCAUGCUGAAGUCUGCUGUCCUGUUCAGCACAAAGCCACUGCACUUCCACAUCUUUGCCGAGGACCACCUACACUACAGCUUCAAAGAUUCUUUAAACACUUGGCCCAGUGUCGUCCAGAACAAGUUCAAUUAUACUACAUAUCCCAUCACCUUCCCUCGUGAGAAUGCCAAUGAGUGGAAGAAGCUGUUCAAACCAUGUGCAUCUCAGAGGCUUUUCCUACCGCUGAUUCUGAAGGACGUGGACUCUCUGCUGUACGUCGACACCGACAUCCUCUUCCUGCAGCCCGUGGAGGAGAUCUGGUCCUUCCUCAGCCUCUUCAACUCCAGCCACGUAGCGGCCAUGGCUCCGGAGCACGAGGAGCCGCGCAUCGCCUGGUACAACCGCUUCGCCAGACACCCCUACUACGGCAGGACGGGGGUCAACUCUGGGGUCAUGCUCAUGAACAUGACGCGCAUCAGAGGCAGACUCUUCAAGAAUGACAUGACCCGUGUUCCUCUGAGCUGGAAGGAGCUUCUGAUGCCUCUCCUCCAGAAAUACAAACUCAACAUCACAUGGGGGGACCAGGACCUCCUCAACAUCAUCUUCCACCACAACCCAGAGAGCCUGCAUGUGUUCCCCUGCCAGUGGAACUACCGCCCGGACCACUGUAUCUACGGCAGCAAUUGUCGCCAAGCCGAGCAAGAUGGAGUCUUCAUUCUACAUGGCAACAGAGGCGUUUACCAUGAUGACAAGCAGCCAGCGUUUCGGGCUGUCUAUGAGGCCAUCCAAAAGUACACGUUUGGUGAGAACAUGGCCGACUCUCUCCUGCUCCCCCUAGAGGUGAAGCUACAGACCACCACUCACACCUAUUGCGGAAGAGCCAGCCACUUGUUCACAAGGAGACUAAAGCAGACUAUUGGGAGCAUUCAACAGGAAACCACACAAGGAUGAUAAACGGUGUGACUUGCUGUUACCAUACUUAACUCCCGGGCCAAGCGAAACGGCAGUCCAACUGAACAAAGCAUUUUAAACAUGAGGGACAUGAAGUGUGACACCACUUCCCUUGAUAAAGACUUCAAGUCCACUGGACAAUCUGCUGUUUACAAAGAGGACUUGGUUUAUAAGUUGCUUGAGAAAGAAGUGAAAAGAGGAGCACACUCUGACUACUUCCAUGUGAAAACUCACAAUCACCCAAAUCCAUCUGAACAACCUAACGUGUGAUCACCAAUGCUGCGAUACGUGAAACGCACUGGAAUGACUUUGCCUUUAGAAAGGGGGGGUGUCUCGCUCAUGGAUACAAAAGACAUGCCAGUCAGGGCGCCAUGACAACGCCCUCAGCAGUGACGACUGACAAUCAGUCCGUUUGUCUCCUCAGGUCUUAAAUAAAGAAAAAUAUAUCUGAUAAAUCAAGAACCUUCCAUGAUGAUCUAAAUACAGUAGAUGUUAAAGUUAGGGCUAAGAUUUAUUGUAUAUCCUAAAAAUACAUUUUAUAUUUUUUGUCACUGUGGUCUGUCUCUACAUAUUGACUAUUCUGUUUUAAGGUACGUUAAAACUACUCCAGUGCUAGUACUUUUUAUUGGUAAUGGAAUGAUUGUAAUCAUAUCCAUAAUAUCUCCAAGAGCAUAACCUGGAAAUGUCAGUAUUGAUGAUGGUGCAUCAGAUGAUUCACUGAAGUUUACAUGGGAUUGUUAACUUUGUAACGACAGCCCCAAUCGCGAGGUGUAUUAUAGAUAUAUUUUUAUUUGUACAUGCCAAUGUGAAGAUGGUGACAAUAUCUGGAAUACGUUUUAUGAGUCUACUGAUCUAAUCUUCAAAAUGUUGUGUAAUAAUUACAUUUUGUUUGUUGGUAUUUGUUCCCCAUCUAGAUUAUGCCAAAUAAUCCCCAUAUCUUGCACUGUUAUGGAUGACACAAGUCAUAUUUAGAAAUGACGGAAGUGUUUCAAAUAUGAUAUUGGAAGACUAAAAUAUUUGAUGGCAAUAUAAAUCAAAUCUCGGUCAAGAAUUAACAUUGAAUUCAUUUUCCGUGUUUAAAUAUAAAGAGACAUAAUUCUUCAAUUCAGAACAGUGAGUUACAUUGAAUGACCAUUCUAAAUAUGGUGCAAUAAGUGCAGAAGUCUACAAUCAGUUAUGAUAAAGGAUUUA